GUCUCGGGGUGCUUCCUAACCGAAUGGGCCGGGGGGCGGCGCUUCUCACCUCCCGUGUCACACGGAGGCGACCGCCGGGCGAGUGCAGCGGCUGGAGCAUGGGGUGCAGGUUCCUGGUGACUGUGCGGAUUCGGCGGCGGCGCGCAGAUUGCCCACCUCGAGUGAGGGCUUUCGUGGUGCAGUUCCCGCGAUCCUCGCGACACCGGUCAGCGAGCAGCGCACGGGCUGUCGUGGCCCUGCUGUUGAUGCUAACGAGGAGCCAGCGCAGAGGGCCGCUGCUGCAUCCUGAAGCAGGUGAUGAUGAUGGGCAACACCCAAGUGGCCAGACUGCUGCUGCUCUACGGUGCGGAACCGAACUGCAAGGACCCAGCCACCCUCUCCCGUCCUGUGCACGAUGCAGCACGGGAGGGGUUCUUGCAAACUCUGGUGAUACUGCACCAGGCGGGGGCGCGGCUGGAUGUGUUUGAUGCCCGGGGUCGCCUGCCAAUGGACCUGGCCCAGGAGGGGGGCCAUCGCGAUGUCGUACAAUAUCUACGUGCGGCUGGGCGCAACCCCCAA